AAUAAUUUUCAGCUGCGCUUGAUGGAACAGCUAGUUUCGCUAAAGCGCAGGGUUAGAAAUGGCUGAAACCAUAGCUGAUACAAGAAGGCUCUUUAGCAAGCCCCAGAACCUAAACGACGCUUAUGGACCACCGAGUAACUUUCUGGAGAUUGACGUGAGCAACCCCGAGACGAUUGGGGUAGGAAGAGGCAGACACACGACGUACGAAGUCAGACUGAAGACGAACCUUCCCAUCUUCAAGCUGAAGGAGUCGAGUGUACGGCGGCGCUACAGUGACUUUGAGUGGCUCAGGGCGGAGCUGGAGAGGGAGAGCAAGGUCGUUGUGCCGCCCCUCCCGGGUAAAGCUCUGAUCCGGCAGUUGCCCUUCCGAGGGGACGAUGGGAUAUUUGAUGAUUCUUUCAUAGAGGAAAGACGACAAGGUCUGGAGCAGUUCCUAAACAAAGUGGCCGGUCACCCUCUGGCCCAGAACGAAAAAUGCCUGCACAUGUUUCUACAGGAUGAGUCUGUGGACAAGCACUACACGCCGUCCAAAGUCAGACAAGCUUAAAAAAAAAAAGAAGAUGGCGCAGCCAACCUACUUGCCCGCAGGCCCUCAUCGGACUUGGCCCGCCUGCUCAGCCGAGCUCGGACCACCCAACCCACAGUGCUCCCUCUCCCUCUUCACUGCUUUUGCUUUUUCUCAGACAAUUGAAAAAAAAUCAAAGAUACCCUUCCCCAAAUAGACACGUAUAUAAAUAUCUAUAUAAAUAGCUCACUGUCCUUUCCAGCCCCCCCCUCCAAUUUUUAUGUUCUCCUUUUAAUAGCAGCAAAUGUUUGCAGCAUCACAUGGUGUCUGGAAAUGCCGUUAACAUGGCUGUAUAAUUCUAUUUAUCGUUUGCGCCGUCAUGAAUAUAUUCAUUUAUGUUGUAACUACGACCCACUGCCGAGUCCAUUGUAGAGUCAUUAUUGGCAUGUCGCACAUUAGUGGGCCUUGAAAUUUAAAGAACGUGUUUGACCUCCACCUUGACACCGCCGCAUCAACCCACUCCACCAAAAAAAAAAAAAAAGAAGUGUGUGUGUGUGUGUGUGUGUGCGUGCGCGUGUGUGUAUGCGUGUGUCCAGCAACCAGCACUUGUCCUGUUACCACCAUCGCUUUUCUAGGAAGUCAAUUUACACAGAGGUAACUGCAGUAUUUCUACUGGCUAUAUACGCAUUUUGAGAUUUAUAUAAUGCUGUGCCAUUGUUUUUUUUUGUUUUGUUAAUUUUGAGGAUUUUCCAAUAAAAUAGGUGAAAUAUCAACUGCA